AUGCUUGGAAGUUGGGCCAGAGAGUGGCGCGGCAGGAGCAAGAUGGUCUCACAUCCGGCUAAGCAGGAAAAGUUGGCGCGCAAGCUGCUACCCAACCAAUCGAUUCGAUCGGACGAAAAGAAACUAUCGUCUCACCAGCGUCGUCUUCCUGGCUCCUCUUCGCUGCCUGGACCUGAUAAGGUGGAGAUCGAUUGGUUCGAUUGGUUCGUCUUCCGUUGA